AUGCCGAGCCCGAUCAGAACGUUGAUUGCGUUGAAGGUUGUUUGUACUGGAGUUGACUUUAAACAGACGACUAUCUCUGAAGCGUCGUCCUUUACUGGUGCAAGCAGCGGGGUCUGGUCAUCCAUGGGUGGUAUCUGGUACGUUGGUGUUGUUCUGGGCACAACGUACUCUCCGUCUAUGGUGGCCUUGGACCCUGCAGACGUUGACAGGUAG